CAAUUCGCCUUGCAUUUACGUUCUCUGUUCUCUGUGUUUACUUUCAUUUCUUUUGUGUUGUAUUCGCGCGCAAAAAAUCGACAUUCGCCAAUAGUGCUAUUGUAUUUACUUAACGUUUCAGUGAAGAUUUGUUUUGUUUAUGAAAUUGCUGACACCAGCAAUAAUUGAAUAAAAGUGCAAAUCAGAGACAAAGUCAUGGCCACUUUAAUUGAGCAAAUGCUUUGCAAAAUGGGGCUGCGCGACGAGCCCAUCAUGCAAAGCAAAACACUGGAAUUGCUACGACUUCUAGACUUGCGUUCUGCCAAUGCACCCUUACAGCUAAAUGAAUAUGCCAAGACUGUGUUAUGUGCGGAUAUUGCGGCAGAUUUAUUGGGCACUGCUUUCGAUAUGGAGCAAGCAAUCAAGUUAUCCAGUUUACGCAAAUCACAUUACACCAAGCACAAACGAAUGAUUGAAAAACUUCUCGACCUGAAUAAGAUUGUAGGUGUCAAUGAUAUCUGUGUGCAAUUAAAUGUGACCGAAGUCUCGCAAAAGGCUAACGAAUUGUUGGGAUUAUAUAAAGCAAUUAUGGCAAAGGAAGGAACUGGUGAUGAAAACGAUCUUAUACAUCCUCAAUAUGCGGCAAUGGCUGUUUUCCAGGCUGCAAAAAUCUUAAAACAGAAAGUAUCCAAAGUGAAAAUAUUAAGUUUUAGUAAUUUGCGUACAACACAGUGGCAACAACUCGAAUUAAGAUGGAAUAAGUUCUUAACCAAACAUUAUCAAGACAAAACGGAGAAUAAUAAGUUAAAGUCGCGCAUUAAGGAAUCGAUGGAAGAUAGUGAAUGCACUGCAGCUAAAGUGAAGUCAAAAAGCUGUGUAGACGAUAAAAAAUGCUCAGCAACUGCUGUAGAGGAUUAUGAAGAAUGGAAGAAACGAAUGUUGCAAAUGGCAGAAGAGCAGCUGAAAAGUCAACUAGACCAAGAAGAAGACGAACAAGAAUUUGACAAAGAAAAUCUCAUUUUAGGAAUGUAGAAUAGUAGAAAUGCAGCUUUUUGCUCGCUUGUUUUUUAAGUAAUAUUUAGGUAAAAUUGUGGUCACAUAAUUAAGUCACUACAUCUUAUUACAAUAUUUGUAGUGUUUUUCAUUUGAAAUUAUUCCAUAUAAUGUUAAUUCGGACGUUACAUGGAAAGUCUUUUACAUGGAAAAAUGCGUAACAUCGUAUACGAAAAUACUGUCAAAAGUCAAUGCAAUUUUUGCACGUCUUCUGAUAAAAAACAUGAAAAUAUGGCUGCUAAUUAUUGAAAUUUAUUAAAUUUUGGUGAAUUUAGCACAAAGUUCGGGAACAAAGGGUUUUGUUAUACAAUGAAACAUAUUUUUAUAAAUAUUAACUAUAAAAAUUUAGCAUGAAAAUAUUGCGAAUAUUUUAAAAAAGAGAAGAGACUUAUUUAUGUUACCAGAAUUGUUGUGUAUGUAAUUUUAAGAACGCAAUGUUUUGCGUUUUAUUUUAGUUGACUUUUCUUAGAGGAAAUCGAUUGCGCUUUUAUUCACCUAAGUAUUCAAACAAAACGUCGAACCUACUUACAUAUUUACUGAAAUCGUUCAAGAACAUGUUUAAUAUUUCAUUUAGUUUUAGAUGUUAUGGAAUAUAUAGAUGUAAAAUUUUUUAAUUUCUAAUUGUCACCAUAUAUAAAUUAAUAAAUUACUUUGCUUAAAUGGA